AAUGGUUGACAAACAAUCAGACAUUGAAGUAAAUGAUGAUAAAUCUUCAUAUAAACUUGAAAAUUCUCAUUCAGUAUCAGUGACAGAUCAUGUAACGCUUCAUACUGAUUUUUACAUGGAACCCGCUAAUAUUGAUCCUACUCCUAUUCCUAAACCUGCUCCUACUCCUAAAUCUACUCCUAUUCCUCAACCUGCUCCUACUCUUAACUCGGCUCCUAAUGUGGAUGAAUUGAUAAAUGUUUCAGUGAUUAAAGGUCUACGGUGUGCCAGUGUUCUGUCAAUGAUAGGCUGUAUCAUUUUUGGACUAAUAGCACUUUGUAAAAGCGAACAAAGUAAAUGGGCAAUGAAUAGAGGAAAUCUUCUAGAAGCAAAGAGAUAUAUUAAAUGGUCGCGUCGAUUUAUUUUAGCAGCCCUUGUAUGUUUUUUCCUAAAGCUAAACCCGCUUUUUUUCUUACCAAUCAUUCUCGCCUUCUCUUAA